AUGCCGGUGCCAACGAACCCGUUCCGUUCGGACGGUGGUUCUCGCGAGUCGAGUGUGUCGACGUCGUCCGGUGACCAUGGCACCACCGAGGACGACGAGGUGGGGCGCCGGCCUGCGAUAUAUGCGACGACCCCCGCCUCCCUUCGGCGCAUCGCAGGCGACUUUAUGCAGCAGCUGCAGCUGGGUGCGCUUGUCCGCAAGGCCAACGAGCAGGCGCGGACCGCCGGGCACAGCAUCGGUAUCGUCCGCAUCAGCGACAUUGAAGCCCGCAUCGGCCACGUGGCGCUGGACCCGAUCUACCGGCGAAAAAACCUUCUUAUCCUGCUCAACGGACUCUUUGGCCUCGCACUCUCGCUCGUCGAAUUGGUCGUGACAUGGGCCCACUCGAGUCGCAUCGUCGACCCUGACCUUGGCAUGGUGCCGCUGACAGUGCCGAUCGCGUCCAACAUCAUCAAGGCCGUCAUUUCCGUCUCGAGCUGUCUCCUCGUGCUGCAACUGAUCGACCUCUACCGGCUCUUCUACGCGGAGCUCUACCGCUGGGAGGCAAAGUUCAUCGAGGGCGUCCGGGCGACGCGCCCGCCGCACGAGAAAAUGGUGGGUACGGCGCCUACUCUGUCUGUUGUCCAAGCGGCAUCAAGCGCACUUCGCCGGUGCCUCUUUGACACGGGGCUGCUGUGGCGUGGAAGCCUCGAAGUCGGGCUCGUCCUCGUGCACCCUCCGCCGUGGGCCGACGCGUACGUGUACCAGUCGGCGUCGUGUCUGAUGUUUUUUCGGCUCUACUUGCUCGCGCGGGUGUACCGCGACCACUCGAUUGUCUACCGCAAGCGGCAACUGAUCCUCGAGAACUGCUUUUUAACGUCGACGAGCCCGACGUUCAACUGGUUUUUGUCGGUAAAACUCGACUUUGGCAAGGCGCCGCUCCAGUUUAUCCUCGCGCUCUACCUCUUUGUGCUCGCGACGCUCUCGACGUCGGUGCACGUGUUUGAACGCGUGUACCAACCGGACGCCUUUACGUUUGCCAAUGCGGUGUGGUUUAGCUUUUGUACGCUGACGACCCACGGUCUGCCCACGAUGGACCCCAUCUCGGGAAAUGGUUACUUUGUCACGUCCAUCAUGCUGGUUCUGGGCAUUGCGCUGGAGACAAUGGUCGUCGUGGCGAUUCUGCACAACUUUGGAUUGAACGAGAAGGCCGGCUCGUGGCGCGCGAUCUGGUCGUGGUGGCGCUGGAAGCGCGCGCGCCAUGCAACCAAUGCCGCGUCCGAGGAAAAUGCACGCCGCUUCAAGUUUUGGCAAUCGCUCGAACCGUUUGGCGACUGCAAGGAAGAGCACCACCAGCUGGCGCAAAGCGUCGGGGACCCAAUCGUCGACAAGCUCAAGCAGCUCGAGGCGACGGCCCAGCGACUCCGGCGCCGCAUGGACGACUGUUUGCACGCGUGCACGUGCGAGUACGCGGCCGCCGACCUGCAAGCGAUCCGCGACAACAACGCAGUGCUCGACGCCCAGCGCGAAGAAAUCGCUCUGCUCUUUGCCCGCGCCACCGCGUCGCUCCGCCGUCCAAGAGGCGCCACCAGCGCCGAGUAGGCGUCCGCGUGUCCGUGGCCAUUGUGUCUGCGAUGCACCGAGAGUA